UUACAGACUUUUUUAGGAUGUUUUAUGUAUUUCGGCUUAUGAAGAGGAGAGUCUUGAACUUUGUAUGGAGAGAUAAGAUAACAAAGUAAUUAUCAGGAGACAUAAAAACAAUGAAACUUAUUCAAUAGUUGCAAAACGUGUUACAUUGAUAAAUAAAAUAGAUUAGGAACAAAUUAUUACUUCGUGUUCUGUGCGUGUACGAGAAUGUCUCCGCUCUUAAUUGGUAUCAUAUUUCUUUUACUAUUAUACAGAAUUUACGAGUACGUGACACGGGUACCACCAAACUUACCACCAUGUCUUCCACGUCUACCAAUAGUAGGAUCUUACUGGCAUUUAUUAUGGCACAAUUAUAAACAUCCUGCCAAAGCUUUGCCAUACUAUACGAAGAAGUUAAAAUCUGGCCUCGUUACGUGUUACAUGGGUAGUUUCCUGACCAUUAUCGCAAAUGAUUAUGACUCUAUUAAAGAAGUACUAACAAGGGAGGAAUUUGACGGAAGAGAAGCAGGCAUAGACAUUUUGUUAGAAAGAUCAUUCAGAGAAAAAUUAGGCAUCUUUUUCACGGAAGGCAAAUUAUGGCAAAAACAGAGGAGAUUCGCCCUACGACACAUGAGGGAUUUUGGAUUCGGCAGAAGACAUGGGAAGUUCGAGGCAAAUUCAAUGGAAAAUGUUGUGUUGCUAAUUAAAAUGCUAAAAGAAGGUCCCAUCAAUAAGGAAGAAGAGACAUAUUUGAGAAACGGUUGCGCAUUAUUUCCGGAUAUCUUGUAUCCAUAUGCUGCAAACAAUGUAUGGGAUAUAAUGUUUGGAGAAAGAUUAGAUCGAUCGGAGCAUCACAAACUAAGAUACAUUUGUAAGUCUGCUAUGUUGUUCCAAAGAUCCGGUGAUACUACGGGUGGAGCAAUUGUUCAAUUUUGGUAUUUAAAAUAUUUCGGAAACAUGUUUGGAUAUAAAAAUUUUAUAAAGGGAAGUUGUAGACUACGAGACUUUAUCGAGGAACAUGUAGACAAUCGACAGUACUCUGGUAAUAGCGAUUACGAUAGAGGAUUAGUUGAUCGGUAUUUAAAGGAAUUGGAAGCAACCAAGGAUACUUUCUCGAAAAAACAGCUUCUCAUGACUCUUCUAGAUUUUAUGUUUCCAGCUUUGUCUGCGAUGCCAAGUGCUAUUCUACACACAAUCAAACUAGUUAUGCAUCAUCCAAAAGUUAUGAAAAACGUACAAGCAGAAAUAGACAGCGUUGUCGGAACUGGAAGGCUUGUUACGUGGGACGAUAGGCAAAAUUUGCCAUAUACUGAAGCAACAUUACGCGAGUCUCUCAGAUAUGAAACAUUGACGCCGUUUAGCGUAUUUCAUAAAACGCUAAAGGAAACUACUAUUCGUGGUUUCACCAUUCCAAGCAAUACGUUAGUUGUAACGAAUUUGGCUGGAAUGCAUAAUGAUCCCGAUUUUUGGGGCGAUCCCAAAAAAUUCAAGCCUGAAAGGUUUCUUAAUGAAGAUGGUCAAUUAUGCAAAGAUUACUCACUUCCUUUCGGACUUGGGCAUCGCGUGUGUGCAGGUGAAACCUUUGCCAGAUAUACACUGUUCGAAGGGUUCGCUGCAUUAAUGCAAAAUUUUAAUUUCUCGUUUGUGGAAGGUGAGCCAACAGGUCUUGAGGACAAAUUGCCUGGUCUCAUUGUCACCCCAAAAGAAACGUGGAUACGAGUAGAGCCGCGUUAUACUUAGUGCGCAAAGACCACUUCUUUAUAAAAUUCAUUUAAUACUACUCUCCUAAUUGUAAGGCAGUUUUAUAGGAAUAGACAGAUGAUGUAUACAAUUUGUGUACUGUAAGUUUAUUUUAUAAUUCGAGAUAGCCAGAGACGAAAAUUACAUUGCAUCCAAUAAACGCAAUUGAUAUACAAAGGUUUUUAUUAGAAUUAUUGCCUAGAAAUAAAUUGUAAUUUCUUAUACUUGUUUGUUUAAAAAGAUGAUUUUUUUGAAUGAUGGGUGCUCAGGAAAAAAAAUUGUAUAUACAGAUAUUGCAGUCCUGAAGAAAAUAGGGAAGAUAUGCUUAAUCUUAUGUGCAGUAAAAAUUAAGAAAUUAUGUAAUUA